CUCAGGUGGAGGAGACAGUGGCGACAUUGACUUGUGGGUGGUGUAAUGGUCAUCUUGUGGCCAUAGGGAGAGAACGGAGUUACAUGUAUGGUAAGGGCAAACUGACCUUCUUGCUUCUUGUUUUUCAGGAAUGGAUUACGUCAACUACAAACGUUUCAUAAGAAAUGCUUUAAGAAAUAAAACGUACUUACCAACAUACGGUGCUUUCGGUGCCGGAGCAGUACUUGCCUUAAUCUAUAUGACUAAUUGGGAAACUGCUGGACGUCGUAUACCUAUUUGGAAAUACCACUUCGAACCGAUAGCUGUCGAGAACAAUAAUCCCACGAAUGUUACGUCAGCAUAACUGCUACUAAUUAUGAUCGUGAUUUUAAGAAGCCAUCAGUGAAAGCGUACUAGGAAACUACUACGCUGAGACACUAAUUUCCGUGAUGCGUCAGAAUAAAUCUUUGCUUUUGUUAGCGAAGGCUUUUCAUUAUUGCUUUGACAAAUUACUUACUAUUUCUUAAGGAAUUUGAAGUCGUUUUUGUAGCAAAACUACUUAUAAUUUUGAGGAAG